ACGCUACAGAGGAAAGAGUCAACUGUUGGCGGGGGAGACGAGGAUGAUUGAUCGGUGAAGAAGAAUCUUGUGAGAAGCAGCAACUUCGAUGGAGAAACCGGAGAAGAGAGGGGUGAUCGACACGUGGCUUGAUAAACACCAUUCGUUAUACACGGCGGCUACACGCCAUGACUUCGUCAUCUCCAUCCUCGACGGAUCCGUUGAUCUCUCCUCCUUCAAAACUUGGCUGGGGCAAGACUACCUCUUCGUGAGGGAGUUCGCGCCGUUUGUAGCGAAUGUUCUGAUCAGAGCCGGCAAAGAAUCCGGCGAGACUUCCGACAUGGAAGUGGUUCUCGGUGGUUUAGCGUCGUUGAAUGAUGAGAUCGAAUGGUUUAAAAGCGAAGGGUCGAAGUGGGGCGUUGACUUCUCGACCGUUGUGGCUCAAAAGGCGAAUAAAGAAUAUCGCAGGUUUCUUGAAGGUCUGAUGAGUAGUGAAGUGGAGUAUGGGGUGGUGAUGACGGCUUUCUGGGCGAUAGAAGCGGUGUAUCAAGAGAGCUUUGCUCACUGUUUGGAGAAUGGGAACAAAACUCCGGGGGAGCUUACCGGAGCUUGCAAUCGGUGGGGCAACGACGGGUUUAGACAGUACUGUUCAUCUGUGAAGAAUAUUGCUGAACGUUGUCUGGAGAAUGCCUCAGGGGAAGCUUUGGUUGAAGCUGAAGAUGUUCUUAUUGAUGAGAGCUCAACGAAUGGCAACAGGUUGACAAGAGAACAAAAGGGAAAACAGAAGAUGGGCUUUCCGGAAGAAGAGAAGCCCAGUUAUCAGCCCAACAAAAGUGGUCCCAAGUUUGAAUCAACACAGCAACGUUUAAGUCUUGGAAAUGAAGAAAAGAGCAGGAAAAGCAAAGUACAAAAGCAGUGUGUGACGCAAGCUGUUGCAGAAGAUGUUAAUGGUGUGAAGCUGGCAAACAGAUUCUCAGCCCUUGAUCUAGAGGACGUUUACGAUUAAGCCAUUUGUCUAGGGCAACUCUAUCUAGUCUUUUGAGUAUAAAUAUGCAACUCUUGUAAUGACUUGAUCAAGAAAUGAACUCAUGAAGUUUCAGUAAAACAAACU